UAACUAAGGUUACCUCCCCCUAGAAUUUUCUCCAUUAGGCUUCAAUCACUUGAACCUAGAGUUACCUUCCUCUAGCGUUUUCUUCACUUGACUUCAUUCACCAGGACCUAAGGUUACUUCCUCUUAGGGUUUUCUCCAUUUGACUUCACCCACCAAGACUCAACAUUGGAUCGGUCUACCAGGGAUUUGAUAUCGGGUCCUCCAAACCUAUUGAAUCCACCUGGCUUCCAUGAUAUACUGAGAUUUUUCUUGCCUAGCCGCAACUAGGACUUCCUUUGCCUAACCGCAGUUAGGACUAGUCGCUCGGUUAGCUUCUCACCCUUGUCUAGCUGUGACUAGGAUUUCCCUUGAUCAUACUCAUUUAAAUAUAUUUAUCGGCCAUUAAAACUUUAGAGGUCGAAUACUAGAAUCAGUCUGCGGCUCUUUAUAUUUACUGGACUUGUUUCUUUGUGCCCAUUCUGAUACUGCAAUUAUUAGAAAAAAGUUAUAUAGUGGAUUUGAACUUGGCUUCCGUGGAGUGUAGCAAAGUUGAUUCAAGAGAGGGCACAUAUUUAACAUUGUUUCUUGAAAAAUAGAAAUCUCUCUCGCGAUAAAUUUGCUUGGAGAAAUGGGGACGUGAAAUGAAUGAGCUGUUUCUGAAGGGAUCAGAUUCAUUCACCACCUUUCUAAAGGAACAAGACAGCAUGGAGUGGGAGCCCAUAUUUGGACGUUUUGUUCUUCAAAUGGCGACUUUUUAGUCAUCUUUUUUCUCCUCCAAUAAUUUCCCUUUGAGCUGUCUGUUUCUCUCUAUCAAUUGGAUGAGAUUAACCCUCAGGAACCCUCUAAGUCUGUCUAAGGAGCGCACUGACUUGUUCUUUGUAUAUAUAUGUAUAUAUAUUUCCAACUCUCAGAAAACUCAAAACACCAAACCAUUAACUGAUCUCUUCAAUUUUCUCUGCAACAAUUAAUGACAUGGGAAAUCAUGGAGAAGGUGACAACCCUAAUUGCUGCUGCCGUUUCCACCCCGAGCAAACGAUAGUGGGAGUGUGUGCUCUCUGCUUGAGAGAAAGGCUCCUGGUUUUGGCCGCCAAUUCUGAGCAAAAACCACUGAAGCAGUCCAAGUCCAGCGCCAUAAUUGGCAAAGUAUUCGCUCUGCCUUCCUUCUACCUCUCUCACGCCAACAACAAAUUUGAUGACGAGGCUGCUUCUGCUUCCAUCUCCAGCCUCGAAGAAUCGUUCAUAUCGAUCAAAUUUGAGGAGAAUGGGCACGCAUCAUGGUAUAGUAACAGAAGCAUACCAUCCUCCACUGGCUUGUUCAUUGAUUGUACAAAGCACAGAAGUAGCAGCAGGAGCAUGGCGGAGCACAGUGAUGAGACGGUGCUGAAGUGGUGCGACAGGAUUGGUCAAUUGGCAAAGUACUGGAAGAACAAGAAGCAGAGGUCCAUUAACAAGACAUGCAAGAAGAAGCAGCAGUGCAAUUAGCAGUUGUUAUGAUGUUGAGGUGGAUGAGAGACUGAUGAAGAAAGAGCACAAGAAGGAAGAGGUCCUGAAGAAACAAACACAAAGGAGUGGAUUUAGUUUUAGUUUUAAUUUUCUUCAUUAGUUUUAUUUUUAAUUAUAUCAUGCGCAUGAAUUCUUGUUGUUGGAAAGAUCUAUAAUGAAUGGGGUUAAAUCAUGUUGGUGCGUUAAAACAUUGAAUAAAAGCCAUCUGAUCAUAAUGUCAUUCACAUAA